AGGGGUUUGAGCCAACUUUUUAAAAGCUGACUGUCAUAAAGUUUCUUAUUUUGAUUAACAACAGUUUUUAUUUUAAUAUAUAUUUAUAAAUAUAAAGUUUCGCUCUUAUAGGCUUUGAAAACGAUCAUUUUUGUUUUGAAUGUUAAAAAAAAAAGUUUCGGUUAAAUCGGUUUUAAUUUCUUUCACUUUCGAAUUCAGAGUCGCGUUUGAGGAAAUCCUCCUCGGCUGAGUCGCCGUCGUCAUUUUGGAAAACUUGACCCCCCCAGAUUAUAAUUCAGAUCGACUUUAAUAUCAUGGCUCUGUUUGACGUCAGCGGCUUUAAUUCGGAUCUCCGCGCCUGGAUUCUUCCAUCGACGCAGGUUCCUGUCCUCGACCGAGCCAACAACUACAGUUUUGGGAGCAAAUUUCAAGAAUUCGCUGUUCCUCCCGGUGUGGACCCUUCAGGGUUUCUGGAGUCCUGCAGCAGUGAUGGAGGCGUGCGCAUUGAAAUGGACCACGGGACCACCACCCUGGCCUUCAAGUUCAGACACGGAGUCAUCGUGGCUGUGGACUCCAGGGCUUCAUCUGGCCGAUAUAUAUCAUCCACCUAUUACGACAAGGUGAUAGAGAUCAACCCGUACCUGCUGGGCACCAUGUCGGGCAGCGCUGCAGACUGCAUGUACUGGGAGAGACUCCUGGCCAAAGAGUGCAGGCUGUACAGGCUGAGGAACAACCAGCGGAUCUCUGUGGCUGCUGCCUCGAAGCUGUUAUGUAACAUGAUGCUGGGUUACAGAGGAAUGGGCCUCUCAGUGGGGAGCAUGAUCUGUGGAUGGGACAAAGAGGGUCCCGGUUUGUAUUAUGUGGAUGAAAAUGGGACCCGUCUGUCCGGCCGUAUGUUUUCCACCGGCUCUGGGAACAGCUACGCCUACGGGGUGAUGGACAGCGGCUACAGGGAGGACCUGACGGUGGAGGAGGCCUACGACCUCGGCUGUCGAGCCAUCGCUCAUGCUACACACAGGGACGCCUACUCUGGAGGAGUGGUGAACAUGUACCACAUGCAGAAGGACGGCUGGAUAAAGGUGUGUAAGCAGGACGUAUCUGAGCUGCUGCACCGAUACAGGAAGGAGAAGCUCCGAGUUUAAGCUCCACACUGAAGGAGCUCCAGUGGUUAUUGUUCUUUUUAUUCAAAUAUGUUGAUACUGUUGUUCUGCAAACUGAAUGGUUCAGAGUGCAUUUUUUGCUGACAACACCAUCAAAACAUUUUACCAAGACAAGAAAUAUUACAUCAAGUUAUGUUUUAUUACAGUCAUAUAAAAACUUAAAAAGCAAUUUAUUAUCACAUGCUAAAAUCUGUCAACAGAUCAGUGAUGUAAAUUAUAAAUAUCACAGUCAUUCAUUUCUGUUUGUAUACUGUCACAGAUUCAGUUUGUACGCUUUGAAGAAGAAUAUUUAACAUCUGUAUCGACCUGUGAUCAAAAAGGUUUUAAUCUGUUGAAAUAUUUUCCAAAAGGUUUCCUCUCAAAGAAAACAGUUUGUCACUAAAUGUGAAUGAAAUGUUCUUUUGUAGUUUAACACAAGGUUCAUCAUAUAAUUUGUAACACAAGCUCUUUAUUGAAUGGACCGUAGAGUUGUCGCAGCAGCUGUGAUGUCAUCUGUUUCCAUGCAGAACUCAGCCUCACAGGUUUUUAACUCAGUGGGGAAUUGACUGUCAAAUAAACAAUGAUCGACUGUAUCUCUGAAGGUUUAUAAA